GGGCGGGAUAAAGACGGGUGGGUAGCAACAGUUGCCCGGGUGAGGACGAGGCGCCAUAGUCACGGUAGUCGUGGCGACAAGAACCAAGCAACGAGAAUCAACAACAACAACAACAACAACCAGAAUCAUUAAGAAACAAACUUUAACGCCAAAGCCAGGAAUAUUCCAGGGGAAAUUUGAGAGUGGUGGUCUUGGUCCAGCUGUGGCGGUAGUCAUGGCGACCCCAGGCUACACAGAAGAGCUCCAGCCGGCCCCCCAGCCCAACGCUGUCACCAUAGCAACGCAAUCAGCCACGCCCUCCCGCUCCACGCCAACCCAGUUCAACCAGUCAGUGUCCAUUGUCUCCACAACCGGACAGGACAAACUUCCUGCUCAAGCCACGCCCACCAAGGCCCAGAAGACAGUGGUUCUGGCCACGCCUUCUCAGACUCAGUUUGUUACCGCGGAGAUCCAGAGUUCUGCCGUUCAGCAGAGUAACGGACAGAGUUCCACACCACAGUACAUCGUAGUGACCGUUACAGAGGGCUCUCUCCAUUCUAGUGACAGUGUAUCAGACUCCAGUCCUCCAGUAGUAGUGGUUCAGACAGGGGUCCCCACCCAGGUAGUACAGCAGACCACCCAACAGGUGCAGCAGCAGCAUGUUUACUCCAGUCAGGUUCAGUAUGUGGAGGGAGAGGACUCUUCUUACACCACCUCUACCAUUCGUUCUGGCAGCUACCCGUACUCCGACUCCCCCCUCUACUCCCAGACCCCUCCCUCUUCCUCCUCUUCCUACUACGAAUCCACGCCCACCUCGGGGUCACAGGUCACUAACUCCGUGACUUCACAGUCAGUCUCCGUCACCGCGGCAACGGGAGGAGGUGGGAGUGGUUACGUCAUCCAGGGCGGGUACGUAUUGGGAGGUGGGGGCAGCGGAGGAGUAAACUACUCCAGUCACAACACAAGAGCAGCCCCUGCCACAGUACAGUGGCUGCUAGAUAACUACGAGGGUGCAGAGGGGGUCAGUCUGCCUCGCUGUACCCUCUACUGCCACUACCUCUUACACUGUCAGGAACACAAACUAGAAGCUGUCAACGCUGCCUCCUUCGGCAAGCUCAUCAGAUCUGUCUUCAUGGGGCUGAGGACCAGACGCCUGGGGACACGAGGGAACUCUAAGUACCACUACUAUGGUCUUCGUAUCAAGGCCACCUCCUCUCUGCUCCGUCUGAUAGACGACCACCAGCACCUAGCCUUGAGACAGCAACCCUUCUCUCAGAAACACAGGAUAAAGCCGGUUCUGAAGGUGGAGGGCAUGUCCAAUGGGAUGUCUCUGGGGGCGGGGCAGCAGCAGGGGGCAGGGCUCAGUGACAUCUCAGCUCAGGUGCAACAAUACCAGCAGUUCCUGGACGCGUCGCGGGCGCUGCCCGAGUUCCCAGAGUUGGAUCUGCAGGACAGACCUCUUCCUGACGGGAUCAUUCCAGAACACAUCGCAGCCUUCCAACAGCUCUACAGGGAACACUGUGAGGCCAUUCUGGAUGUGAUGGUGAACCUGCAGUUCACUCUGGUGGAGACGCUGUGGAAAACCUUCUGGAGGUUCAGCGAGAGCAUCGACGCAGACACACUCGGCGUUCAUGGUGAGUCAGAGGAGCGUCUACCUAAGUGGUACCUGGUGGUGCUGUGUAAGUACCAGCCAGUUGUUCACUGGACCAGAGACUGUGAUAACACACUGUACCAGGCGCUGGUGGAGAUCCUCAUCCCUGACGUAUUACGACCCAUCCCCAGUGCCUUAACUCAGGCCAUCCGUAACUUUGCCAAGAGUCUAGAGAGCUGGCUGACAUGCGCCAUGAUGAACAUACCAGAGGAGAUGGUCCGUAUCAAGGUGGUGUGUGCGGGAGCGUUUGCCCAGACGCUGCGUCGCUACACCAGUCUCAACCACCUGGCCCAGGCAGCCAGGGCCGUCCUCCAGAACACAGCCCAGAUCAAUCAGAUGCUGAGUGACCUCAACAGAGUUGACUUCACCAACGUGCAGGAGCAGGCGUCGUGGGUGUGUGGUUGUGAGGAUGGUGUGAUCCAGAGGUUGGAGCAGGACUUCAAGCAGACGUUACAACAACAUAACUCUCUGGAGCAGUGGGCUGCCUGGCUGGACGGCGUGGUCUCCCAGGUCCUAAAGCCUUACCAACACAGCCCUGCAGCCUUCCCUGCAGCUGCCAAGCUCUUCCUGCUGCGAUGGAGCUUCUACAGUUCCAUGGUGAUCAGAGACCUGACUCUGCGUAGUGCUGCCAGCUUCGGAUCCUUCCACCUGAUCAGACUGCUGUAUGAUGAGUACAUGUACUACCUGAUAGAACACAGAGUGGCCCAGGCUAAAGGAGAGACUGCCAUCGCUGUCAUGGGAGAGUUUGCCAGUGUGGGCAGGAGUCUGAACUCUCAGGACCCUGAUAAAGAUGAGGAAGAGGAUGAGGAGGAGAGUGAUGAAGAGGGGGUAGAGAUGAUCAUGCCGUCUAACUCCGCUGGUCUGGGAGAGGGGGAGGAGUCACUGGAGCCGCCCGUCAAGCUCGCCAGGACUGACCCCCGGGGACUGUUCAAUAGCACACACACAGAGUGACACACACACCUUAAACACACGCUCUCCACUUAGCCGUUGGCUAACAUGACACACACACAUACACACACUCAUCCUUUGCCUUAAUGAUAGUUUGCUAUGAGCCCAUAUGUGAUCCCAAUGCCAUUAAGUUCCUUAUCUGUUCCUGCAACCUAACCUCACACACCCUGUCUGGCUGCACCUUGAUCUCUCGUGUGUGUGUGUGUGUGUGUGUGUGUGUGUGUGUGUGUGUGUGUGUGUGUGAGAGAGAGAGCGAAGGAGAGAGGUUUCACAGCUUGCCUUUUCAUCUCUUUUAGUGAUCAUGGUUCCUCAUCACAUUCAUUGUGACAUAAGAGACCGUAACCUCUUCACUAGACGGGGUAACAGUCUGUUCCAGAUGGUAACCUCUUCACUAGACGGGGUAACAGUCUGUUCCAGAUGGUAACCUCUUCACUAGACGGGGUAACAGUCUGUUCCAGAUGGUAACCUCUUCACUAGACGGGGUAACAGUCUGUUCCAGAUGGUAACCUCUUCACUAGACGGGGUAACAGUCUGUUCCAGAUGGUAACCUCUUCACUAGACGGGGUAACAGUCUGUUCCAGAUGGUAACCUCUUCACUAGACGGGGUAACAGUCUGUUCCAGAUGGUAACCUCUUCACUAGACGGGGUAACAGUCUGUUCCAGAUGGUAACCUCUUCACUAGACGGGGUAACAGUCUGUUCCAGAUGGUAACCUCUUCACUAGACGGGGUAACAGUCUGUUCCAGAUGGUAACCUCUUCACUAGACGGGGUAACAGUCUGUUCCAGAUUUGACCAACUUAUCCCACUAAUUAACAUGACCACUAGUUUGUCAGCUUGUUGUUGCCGGAUGCAGAAACAGUCUUGUACCAGUACAGUCUGAGGUGUGUUGUAGCACGCUGAACAUUUAAAGGUAAUGUCUGAUUCAGCUGACAUAUGCAACAUUUACCGUCUGUGUGAACAUGCUGAGGAACACUGCCUUUAAAAGGGGCAUUGUCAACAGAGGUCUACAAAGUACCUCUGAUUGAAUCCAGACCUACAGUAACAGUCAACAGUUUGGACACACCUACUCAUUCAAGGGUUUUUCUUUAUUUUUACUAUUUUCUACAUUAUAGAAUAAGUGAAGACAUCACAACUAUGAAAUAACACAUGGAAUCAUGUAGUAACCAAAAAGUGUUAAAUCAAAAAUAUAUUUUAUAUUUCAGAUUCUUCAAAGUAGCCACCAAAGGGUAGCUUUGGUAACAGCUCGUCUUCACUAUUAUUCUACAAUGUAGAAAAUGGUAUAAAUAAAGAAAAACCCUUGAAUGAGAAGGUGUGUCCAAACUUUUGAUUGGUCCUGUAUGAGUCAGUCAACCUGCAUGCCUAUAAUCUUCUCUGUCCUCACCUUACCCACCCACUGUCCUAACUGCCAUAGAAAGACAUUUACUGUGUUUGUCCUAGCCAGGUGUAGAGUUGUUACAGCAGUCUGUCUUCAGUCCUGAUGAUGUUCACUGACCUCUUAGACAACCACUUAGUGUGUCCCUAUCGGCAUCCUAUCGGCACUGAAACAGGGCACCAUUUAGGACGGCUCAUCAAAGAGUCUUAGUAUGAAUGUUAAUAGCCCUCUGUGAAAUGAGACUGAAGGGGUGUUGAUGUAUUGAAAUCAGUGGAUCAGUCAGACGCUCUAACAGUAGUGUCCUGAUGUAGUUCAGAGGAUGUAAAGGUCGAUACAGGGCAGCGUUCAGAAACAUACCUUUUAGUGUAAUUUAUUAUUUGGACAACUAAGAGAUGACCUGUGCCUUCUACAGCUAGACAACACUUGUGAUUGCAUCCCAAAUGGCACCCUGUAUAGUGCACUUUUUUGGACCUGAGCCCUAUUGACCAUGGUCAAAAGUAGCGCACUAUAUAGGGAAUAGGGUGCCAUUUGGAAGACAACCUGUGUUUUUAAUUAGAUCUGAUUAAUAAAUGAAAGUGUUUCUAAACCUGUCUGCUGACUUGUACAAUCUGACAUUUGUUCCUCACGCUUUGGUAAUGUAUUGUUAUUAAAAUGUUAU